AUGACCAUUGGAAUCGAUCUUCUUCGGAAGGACAAGGGAGGAGACCCCGAGUUGGUGAAAGAGUCGGAGAAGCGCCGCUUUCGCGAUCCGAAGCUCAUCGACCAGGUCCUGGAGUUGGACACCCUUUGGGUGAAGCAGAAGUUCCAGUUGGAUGAGAAGCGAAAAGAGGUGAACAAGGUCCAAAGCCAGAUCACCGAGAAAAAGAAAGCCUCCAAAGGUGCUGAUAAAUGCGAAGACCUGUUAGAGCAGAAGACCUCGCUGGAGGGCGAAGCCGCCAACAUGGAAAAGGUCUGUGAUGAGACGAUAUUCCAAAGGGACAAGCUUUUGGGCUCGAUCGGCAACAUGGUCCAUGAUAGCGUUCCCGUUUCUCAAGAUGAGGAUAAGGACAACAAGGUCGUUGCUACCUGGGGCGUUCCUCGUAGCUUUGGCGGCAAGACCUACCAGGCGAACGGCUUUCGUCCGCACUUCGAACUGCUGGAGAUGAUCGGCGCGGUGGAGUUCGACGCCGGCAACGAGGUUGCCGGGCAUCGCGGCUACUUUUUGACGGGGCCGGGGGUGCUGCUGAACCAGGCACUGAUCAAUUAUGGCAUUGCCUUCCUCUCACAGCGUGGCUACACUCCAUUGCAGCCUCCGUUCUUCAUGAAGAAGGACCUGAUGGCGCGAACCGCUGAGUUGGCUGACUACGAUGAUGUCCUCUACAAGGUCAUCGAAGACAAGGAGCAUCCCGAGUUGGACAAGUACCUCAUUGCCACCUCGGAGCAGCCAAUCUCUGCUUUCCACAGGGGGCAGAAUAUUGACAAGACGCGCUUCCCGCUGCGCUACGUGGGCCUUUCGUCGUGCUUUCGACGUGAAGCAGGCAGCAGCGGUCGAGAUAUUCGCGGCAUUUUUCGAGUGCACCAGUUUGAGAAGAUUGAGCAGUUUGUCCUAAGCGAUCCGGAGAAGUCCUGGGAUGAGCAUGAGUCGAUGAUCGCCAUGGCUCAGGAGUUCUACCAGAGCUUGGGCAUUCCCUACCGAACGGUGGCCAUCGUCUCCGGUGAGCUGAACAACGCCGCGGCCAAGAAGUAUGACUUGGAAGGUUGGUUCCCCGGUGAUGCGGAAGGCAAAGGCAAGUACAGGGAGUUGGUCUCGUGCUCGAACUGUACAGACUAUCAGGCACGUGCGAUGCAAACCAAGUUCGGCUUCAGACCAGAGGAUCCGUUUUGCCACAUGCUGAAUAGCACGCUUUGCGCCACUGAGAGAGCGAUGUGCUGCGUGGUGGAAAACUAUCAAGAAGAGGAUGGAGUACGGGUGCCUCGUGCUUUGGUGCCCUUCCUCCUCGGUCAGGACCAGCGAAGAAAUGUAGCUCGAACAUCGCAUGCAAUGGAGGACCUAAUAGCCAUGGCGUCCAACCUAUAG